CGUGUGUUUUUUGUUUGUCGCUCCUGUCGUUGUCCUCAUCAGCUGUCUGUCGUGGGACAGUUCACACAUUCUGUUGCAACUUUGAAGGGAAGGAAAUGCUGAAGAGAUGCUGCACAGACUGGGAGUGAUUGGGCAAAAGUAUUGUGAGGAGUCAUUAGAGUGUCGUGAUUCUAAGUUGGCUGUAAUUUAGAACCGACUUAACUAUGGCGUCUGUGAAGGUAGCCGUAAGGGUUCGGCCCUUUAAUCAAAGGGAAACUGAUAUGCAGGCUAAGCUGAUCAUAGAUAUGAAAGGGAAGAAAACUCGUAUUGUCAACUCAAAGGUGGCAGAUGGAAAAGAUGGAGAUUUAGGGAGAGAGCGCUACAAGGAUUUUACAUUUGAUUACUCAUACUGGUCCUUUGACCACGGAGACCCUCAUUAUGCAUCACAAGAACAAGUGUUCCGCGAUCUUGGAAUGGAUGUGAUAGAUUGUGCAUUUGAAGGAUAUAAUGCAUGUGUCUUUGCUUAUGGACAGACCGGAAGUGGAAAAACUUUCACUAUGAUGGGUGCUCCAGAAUGUAUCGGUCUUAUACCAAGGAUAUGUCAAACUCUAUUCAGAAAGCAACAGGAAAAUAUGGCCCACUCUGGGGUCAAAUAUACAUACCGCACUGAAGUCAGUUACCUUGAAAUCUACAAUGAACGAGUAAGGGAUCUCCUUACCCCAGCUACAAAUCAUAGUUUACGGGUGCGAGAACAUCCGCGACUCGGACCCUAUGUGCAAGAUCUCUCCAGACAUCUUGUUACAAAUUACCCUGAGAUAGAGGAGCUUAUGAUAAGAGGCAACAAUGUGAGAACGACUGCUUCGACUAACAUGAAUGAUGUCAGUAGCCGGAGUCAUGCAAUAUUCACUAUCCUGUUCACUCAGGCUUGUUUCUCUGGUGACUUACCCACUGAAACUUUAUCUAAGGUUCAUCUGGUGGACUUAGCUGGAAGUGAGCGUGCUGAUGCAACUGGAGCCACAGGAAAGCGUCUUCAAGAAGGGGCACACAUCAACAAAUCCCUUGUUACGCUGGGGUCAGUUAUUUCUGCUCUAGCUGAUGUAUCCAGUCCGGCUUCAGAUGGAAGUAAUGGAAGUGGUCGAAAAAAUAGCUUUAUUCCAUACAGAGACUCUGUUCUGACAUGGUUAUUAAAAGACAGUUUGGGUGGUAACUCAAAGACAAUAAUGAUUGCUGCUGUUUCACCUGCUGAUUGUAACUAUGGUGAAACAUUGAGCACUCUUCGAUAUGCCAAUAGAGCAAAGAAUAUUGUGAACAAACCAACGGUCAAUGAAGAUCCUAAUGUUCGCCUUAUUCGAGAGCUGAGAGAAGAAAUAGCUCGACUUCGUGCUCUUCGAGAUUCAGAAAUGACAACUUCAGGAGGUACAUCAGGGUCAGGACUGGUUCUUGCACAGUUACACCAAACAGAAGCAAGAGCACAAGCUCUUACUGAAGAAUGGGCAGAAAAGUGGAGAGAAACUGCCCAAAUAUUGAGUGAGCAGCAUGCUCUAGGCUUAAGGAAAGCUGGUAAAGGAGUUGUCCUAGACUCAGAUCGUCCACAUUUAGUUGGCAUUGAUGACGACUUGAGAAGUACUGGGGUCACUUUGUACCAUCUUAAGGAAGGACAAACGCAUAUUGGUUCUGAGGAAGGAGGUGAUUGUGAUAUCAUGCUGAGCGGACUUAAUGUUGAGAAACACCACUGCACAAUUGAGCUAUGCAAUGGAGUGGCCACACUUUUGCCCGCUCCCCAAGCUCAGUGUUGGGUCAACACUGUGCCUGUUGAUAAACCCACUAAGCUUUCUCAGGGUUGCAUUAUCCUGUUGGGGCGUACCAAUAUGUUCCGGUACAAUGAUCCUGUGGAAGCAGCAAAGCUAAGGAAGGAAGGUUCACGCUCUCAUCUUAAUUUAUCUCGCUUGUCACUUCUGAGCUGGUCUACUCCAGAUCUUCAUGCAUCUCUUGAAAAUUUGCACUUGAAUCAAGACAGUGAGUUAAAUGAAUCUGGAACUUCCAAACUGAGACGUUCAUCAUUGCUGCUGAGAGACAAAGAUGAAAGCAAAUCCCAAAGAGACCAGUUCAUGAAACAGCAAGCCCUGGAGGAGGCACAACAAGCUCUUGAUGAAGAACGAGAGCGCCUGGAGCAAAGUUACCUAGCCCAAAGUAGGCGAUUAGCAGAGGACUGGCAGAGGUUGGAGCAGCAACAACAGGAAACUCGAGCCUCCUUGGCUCAAAGAGAAACUGAGCUGCAGCAGUUAAGAGAAUCAUUAGAGUGGGAGCGUUCUCAGCAGGCCUCCAGGGUUGAGGCUGAUAAUUUGGAAGUUGCACGUCUGCAAAGUGAACUGGAAAAGAGAGGGCGGGAAUUGAGUAAUCUUAAAGCCAAGCUGAGUUCGUGGUCUGGUGAGAUCACUCCAACUACAGACAGCUCCAAUCCAACUUCUCCCCCUCCUCUUUCAUCCCCCUCGGCUAUUGACUCUGAAAGUAUUGACUCCUGGGCAAGCACUGCACCUGGGUCUGCUGUGCAAGUUGGGGACAACGAUGCAAUGAAGUUACUGAUUGAACAACAUAAGAGACACAUGGUGAUGCUGGAUGCUGAGUUCCAAAGGAAAGUUGCUGCUCUGGCUGAGGGUCGCGCUCGGGCCGAAAGGCUGGAGUCUGAUAUCAAUAUAGUGCAAAACGCAGAGUCAAACAGCUUACCAAUAGAAGAUCUGAAACGUUUGAUAAGUGAACGUACACAAGAAGAAUUGCAACGCAUUAUGGAACGCAAAAAAUCAUUCAGAUUAGACCUAAAGGAAAGGUUAGCCCCCAGUAGUUCUGCUCCUGCUGCUUCCUCUUCUCAGCAGAGUACUCUUGGCGCAUCCACCAGUAAGGGUCUCUCUGGCCAAGCUGAAGCUGAAACGCCAAUGGUCACUGCAACAGAGUUUCUAGAAACACCUUACCUGCCUGCUUUGAGUGAAAUCGUUGAUGAUGCUUCGUUUCACACUGCCUGUGCGUCACCUGCUAUGCUAAGUGCCAGUUUCAGCAGUGCCAUUCAAGACAAUGCAAGUGCCGAUGCAGGAGUGGACACAGGUGUUUUAAGUGACAGUGGUGUGGAGCUGGACACGAGGAGUAGUCUAGCAAGAGAUCCUCUUUUACAUAGCUGGCUGCAGGCAAGCACCAACAAUAUUGUUGCAAGGGCUCUUCCAAAUUGUGAUGACAGUGAUGAUGUCUCGAGCACAGAGGAUUGUCUCUCUAAUAAGCCCCCUAACGUCCGAGGUGAAGGUAGUUCAAGCCGUGUUCGUCCUCACCACCGCCCUCCUCGCCAUUUGAAGAAUGGACUUAUCAGUUUGCGUCGAGGUGAAUCUGAACUUAAUGUGAGGGAUGCAAUGCGAGCCAUGCAAGCCUUAUACCAACGUGUCGCAAACCAAAAAAUGCUUGUUAUCCAAAGUUUAGAGGACGAUUGUGGUAAACAGGAGCUGAAUGAGCGCAUCGCUGUGUUGCAAGAAUUGCAAAAGCAGUAUCUUUGCCUCGAAUUGGCUCUUGAGCAGCACACAGGAAAAGAAAAUCGUUCAUCUCUUGGAAAUCUGUCAACACUUCCAACUCUUGGUUCCAUCGAAGACUCUGAUGAUAUGUCCACAUCUGCUGAUGAUAUAAUGUCUGAGCCAAGCUAUACUAAUGGGCAUCGUGAAUCUCUUGACCAUUCUGGUCUCAGGGAAGCCACCCUAUCACCUUUAAAUCCUGCCACCCUAAAUAGCCAAGAUGAUAACUUCAGCAGUGUCAGCUUAGCACGCUCCAGAACAUCUUUACAUUCUUGUGAUGAUGGAGAACUCAUUCACAUUCCGAGUUACGUAAUACGAGGAGCUGGCUCAUCUACUCACUAUGAGUAUGAAGUGCGUGUUAAUGCUGGUGGCGAACGUUGGACACUGUUGCGCCGUUAUAGGAGGUUCCGUGAACUUCACCUGCAAAUGCGUGAAAAGUAUGGAUCUGUGGUUUCAUCAUUGGAAUUUCCUCCACGUCGCUUGUUUUCAAAGCGCUCUGAAGUGGUGGCUGGCAAGAGACGAGCUCAACUUGAGGUUUAUCUACGGGCACUCAUUCGAGUGUGCUCCACUGUAGCAAGUUGCCCUCUCCAUCAGGCUAGGGAUAAUCUUACCCGUCCAGUUUUGAUAGAUUUUUCUCCAUUCUUCAGAAAGGGUGUGUUUGAAUCUGGAAAGUACGGAACGAGUUAAUUCCCUCCUAUCCACAAAGUCCAUCAAAGUAGAGACCUUAUCACUUUCUUAUAAUCUUAUGACUUUUAUGUUACACAAAUUUCCAGUUUUAUAUUUUUUCUGUUGUUCUUGAAACAGACAGUUUGUUCUCAAGAUCUUGCUUAUUCUAUCUAUCCUCAGCAAGAAAAGUGUGACCUAUUUAGUGCAAUCAUUUCAGUAAAGUAUUUACUGGCAUAUUACCAGCUGUAUUUUAUUGACCAGUUGUCUGUGAUUAACCACCAAUAUUUUUAAUUGAACAAGUGUUUGUUUUCCUUUCUUUUCAUUGUUUUAUGUUUGUUAGGAUUGCAAGAAAUGCUGUAGCAUAUAUUUUCUAGAACUGUACAUAUAGUACACUUUUCCUCGCUAAUCAGUGAGCUGGUAUAUUUAGACAAAUUAUUCUUGUUGAUAUUUCCUGUUUAAGAUGAAUAGCUAUAUAAAUAUUUAUCAAUUGAUAUUUAGCAGUACCAUGAUAGUACUACCAGCACAGUAAUAGAUAAAAAUUGUUUAUUCGUCAAAUUACAGGUAAGUCUGAAGUGUGGUACUUACCAGGUUUAGAUGGCUGUGUUUUUAUCUCAACCAGAUACUAUGUGCACAACUUGCCUCUCUUUCUGUGUUAAAUGUUAUUUGCCCACAUCUGUAUUGAGAAUAUUUUCCAAUCAUUUCUCAUGUCCAGUGCCCAUGGUUUACGUAAGCUUUAACUAGACAAUGUCAAUUGAAUUGCUUUAUUAAAUAGUGACUGGGACUUUUUCUUACUUGUUUAUGAAGUGCGGGUAUACGUCCACAUACAUACAAUUAGUUUUUGUGCUUCACAUGAAGCUGCUUCUGUUUGAUGUACUUGUGCUUGUGUUGUAUUUCUCAACGGUAUUUCAUUUUACCAUUUUUUCAUUUAAGUUUUAUUACUGUAUGGAAAGUUGACAAUAAUGUGUUCAUGAUAAGCUGCUCACAAUGAGUGUGAAUCUUGUGCAUUGAAAAUGUUUGAAAGAAGGUUUUUUUUCUUUUUCUGUAAGUUUUUAAAACUUGUAAUCAAUUUUUGAGAAUCACAUUCUUUUUUUUUUUUGGUAUAUUCAUGGUAAUUUACAUAUGAAGCUGGGUUUUGGAGCUUUAUAUUUUGCACUGUUAGUGGUUUGAAUGCCAAAGGACUAUCAGCUUUUGCUUUGCUGUGGUCUUGAGGUGUAUUUUCAUGGUGGGAUGUUGGACUUGAUUGAAAAGGAAUAUGAUUUUAUUUGCUACCUUGACACUAAUUCUGGCCUAGUAAUUUUAUCAUUUAAAAAAGCCUCAUGUAUAAGACAUUUAAAGUUUGCUUUUAAUUCUCAGUUGUCUUUCUCUUCAGAGAUUUACCCACUGAUUGUUAGAUUUAUUGUUUAUAGUUUGUUUUUGAAUCACUUUAGAGACUGUUGAUGUUUAGUAGUUUCUUUAUUAGACCACUUUACUGUUAGUGAUCCAAUGCUCCAUUGUUAAUUCUUUGAUUAAAAUUUAUUCUAUCCAUGUUUGGUCGUUAUUUUCAAAAGCAAAGCCAAUGUUAAAAGUUUGAGUACUUAUAUUAGGUUCAUGUAUUUGCUCGACUACUUGAUUCACAUUUGUGACUCUAAUCCUUUAUGUUUGGUAUCUUAAACUUUAUUGUAGUUUAGGACGUAUCUAUAAAGGUUGCCUCAAAGCUACAAAAAGGGGAUGGAAACUUUGUUUGAUUGGCUGUGUAAGUUGUUUUCUCAUUUAAUAAGAAGCCAAAAGACUGGUGUCAUGCUGCACGUAUUGAUAUUGAAAAUUUUCUGUGACUGUAUUUCAGCUAGAUGCAUUAGCUCUUACUCAAGCUGACCCUCCCCCAUUUCUAUUUAAGAAUUGUAACGUCCAGAGAAAAUUGAUAAUGAGGCUUUGCAUCUAGUGUUCACUAUAUAUUUUAUUAGAUAAAUGCAUUGACAUGUUCGUGAGAGAAGUUUAUGAAAGUCAUGUCUCAAUUUGAUUUUAUACAUUCUACCAGUACAUUUACUCCUUGGCCUCCUUGGCAUGGAGUACAUGAUUCUGUUCUAUGAAACUUGAAAUAUAUGUAUUGUUGGUCACAAGG